AUGCGACUUCGUAGAUUUUUAGUUUCCCAGUUUAAAACUACACACAGGAGCAGCAGUAACAGCAGCAGCAGCGCAGCAGCAGCAGCUACAAGGCCCCGGGGCCGGAGGCCCCCCUCUGGACACUGCAGCAGACGUCCGCAGCAGCAGCAGCAACAACAACAGCAGCAGCAGCAGAAGCAGAAUUUUCUGUGUUUCAAGAUAGCAGCAGCAAAUAGCACCACAACUGCAGCAGGCGAAGCCGGGGCCCCAGCAGCAGCUGUCGAGGCCCCCGAGACCCUGAACCACGCGAGGCGGCCUGCUGCUGCUGCUGCUGCUGCUGACGCACACACCCUUGCAGUUGCUGCUGCUGUAGCUGCAGCAACGCCACCACGGACUGGCAGCUGCAGCAAUGGCAGCAGUCGCAGCUGCAACCGCAGUAGGGGCGACACUAAGAGCAGCAGUAGCAGCAACGCUGCCACAGCCGCAGCAGCAGCUCCUGCACAGCAGUAG